AUGUCAACCCCUACAUUCACGGUUAACAAAGAUGAUAUUAUAUUAGGGCUAGUCGCACUUAUUUUGCCACCACUGUCGGUGUUUUUGCGCAGUGGAUUCAAGUCUAGAGAUUUUUGGAUUAAUAUGCUGCUGUGCGUACUUUUUGGGGUCCCAGGCUGUCUGCAUGCGUUUUAUGUUGUUUACACAACGAGCAGCGAGCGGUCUGGAGAACCUUCAUACGAACGGAUUCAUGGAGAGUCCGAUUUAGAGGCCCAGAUCCCUCCAGCAAUCUCCGAGCCACAGGCAAAGUCCGCGGAGCCAGAAAUUCCUCCAUCGUACAGUGAUGUGGCUGGUAGAGAUGCUUCUGCGCUAGCGGCUACCGACAACAAGAUCCAGCACUAG